AGUCAGCAGUGCGAGCACGCCAACAGAGAGGUCACCAUGAGGGCUCCAAAGUCCCUUCAUUAUGGGAAUUCAGAAUCUUUGGAUUUUAGAGUGAAGGCCACAGCAGCAUUCAUCAAUGAAGGGCGUCACUACAUUUCAAAGCUGUUCCAGUUCAGCACUGUUAUUAUUCAAGGAACAAGAUGUUGACAGGUGAUGAUCAUAAGGUACACUCCGAGGCAGGUCUUUCCCCUGGUGUCCACAGCCUCAGAUAUGCAGAUAAAUGCCAGAAGCAUAGGAAGCGUGUCCAGGAAAGAUCGGCACUGCCAUCGACUAAGCGGCGGCGACUUCAACUAAAACAAGAGCGGUCAAUAACACAAGGUGCUCAAGAAGCUCUUGAAGGCAUGUCCUAUCAGUCAGAGAUUGGGCAUUCAGAUGAUGCUGACAUCCAAAAGCUGCCAGAUCCAGUCCCUCGAGGUGACUUCAAACCUAUAGUGCUGCCAACAGGACAGCCUACAUACAUUGCUUUUGACCUGGAGACAACUGGCCUUAUACACGAUGGCCAGAUCCCACAUAUUACCCAGGUUGCUGCCACAGAACCUAAAAGUGGGAAAGCUUUCAAUAUGUAUGUUCUACCUACAUUGCCCAUAUCUGACAAGGCACAAGAAGUGACCGGCCUAAGAAUGGUGGAUCACAAGAUGCAGUACAAUGGAACUAAUGUAGAGGCUUAUUCCAUAUAUGAAGCUUUGAAAUCAUAUUGUGAUUGGUUAGAAAAAUUUCAGAAUGUUGUAUUGGUUGCGCAUAAUGGCAGAAGAUUUGACUUUCCUGUUUUGUUGACGGCAUGUGACAAUGUAGGAUUGAGGGACAGAAUGUGUAAAGUGUGUUGCUGGAUGUGCGGAUUCACUGUCUAUAUUUAGAAAAGCAUACCCAAACAGGAAGUCUUACAAACAGGAAGACCUUGCAAAGGAUCUAUUGGGAGCUUCAUACUGUGCUCAUAAUGCUUCAGAAGAUGUCUCGAUUCUUGGUAAACUUAUUCACCACUUGGACAUAUUAUCUGUUGAUCUGCUGCCACACACAUUUUCAACAAAAUCUGUGUACAAUUCCCAGUUGUGCAGUCGGGAAAAAGCAAAGAAUUUGCCGUCACUUAGAGUAUUGAUUUAUAAUAGUGUGUGUAAGUUAACUACAGCCGAGAAUAUUGCUGCGUCCGGCUUGAACCUACAACAUCUAAGGUGCAUCUUUAAGCGCCAAGGCGAAGAUGGUCUUCGGAACAUUUUCGUGAUGAAGAACUGUGACGGUCAGCCACGAGUAACUAAUACUAAAAGAACAUUAGAAACUGUUAUCCCUGCCCUUGCACAGUAUUUUUCAAGGAAUUAGUGUAUGACAUAGCAUUUUUAUAUGAUAUACUUCUGUGUUGCUCCAGAGGGGAUACUUUGGGAAUAAUACAGUUUAGUACACUGCUCGUGCUCUUUCUAAAGUCAGAACAAUACGUUGAGAUCCAUUUCAAGUUGACAAUUUUUACAUUUACUCAGUAUAUACAGUAAUUAACAUAUUUAUAGAAUGCUUAGAAUAUAGCUUCAUGAUAAUUAGGUCAUUUUGAGAAUGUUUGAUACUUUUCAAAAUGUAUUUUGAAUUUUACAUAAAGAAAUGUGUACUGUUGAUGAAAAAUGGCCAAAAUCAGUUUAUGGGGUUGUCAAAUAUAAUGCUGUAUAUUUUACAAACAACAUGGUAAAUGAUGUCUUUCUUUUCUUAUUUUUCUCAUAUGGUAUGUUAGAUAAUUUCUAUGUAUUUCAAUUGGCUGGACCUUGUAAGUAGGUUAUAGAAAAUUCUUAGAAAAAUUGAAGUACAAGUCUACAUUUUCACGAUUUGGCCAUUUUCCGAGUGACAAUGGUAACAUAUUUUUGUUUUCAUAAGUUUUAUUGCAAAUACUGUUACUCAAAUGAUAUUUUAUUUUGAUAAAA